AUGCGACAAGAACAGUCAAUUCAAGUUGCGUUUGUAAAGCCGGAUAAUAAAGCUAAGCUUGAGCACAAAAUUCGUUUAAAGGCUUCAAUUGAGGUGGUGAGACUCCUUUUGAAUCAAGGAUUGGCAUUUUGUGGACAUCGUGAAGAUGAAUCAUCAUUAAACAAGGGUAACUUUCUUGAAAUUCUUUCAUGGUAUGCGAAGCGGUGUGAUAAAAUUAGUGAUCUUGUUUUGAAGAAGGCUCCAAAAAAUAAUCAGUUGACUUCUCAUAAAAUUCAAAAAGAUAUUAUCACCGCAUGUAAGCUGGAAACAAUUAAAGCUAUUAUGGAGGACCUAAAUGGUGACUAUUUCUCAUUGCUACUUAACGAAUCUUGUGAUGUGUCACGUAAGGAGCAAAUGGCAAUUGUUUUGGUAUUUAAAAAAUGUCUUCCGGUUGGAGAACUUGUAUUGUUGGUUUCUAAUGUCUUAAAUGCAGUGGGAGCUUCUUUUAAAUCCAUGGAUGAACUUGGAGAAUAUCAAGCAGAAAAAGUUCAAGAGGCACUAGAUAUGGGCGAGGUUGAAACUGGUAAGGGCUUGAAUCAAGAGCUUGGUCUUGCUAGAGCUACUGAUACACGUUGCGGUUCACACUACAAAUUUUUUAAGAAAUUCAUUAGUAUGUUUUUCUCUAUUACUGAUGUUCUUCAUACUAUUGUUGUUGAUUCCGAAUGUGUUGAAGAUAGUUGUAAGGCUACAGGAUAUCUUAGAGUUUGUCAAACAUUUGAGAUUGCUUUCAUAUUGCACUUAAUGAAAGAUAUUUUGGCGAUUACAAAUGAGCUUAAUGAAUCCUUACAAAAGAAAGAACAAGAUAUUGCAAAUUCCAUGUUACUUGUUAAAGUGGCUAAGAAACGAUUGCAAUGUCUGAGAGAGGAAGGAUGGGAUCCACUUAUCAAGAAUGUGUCUGCAUUUUGUGUCAAGUAUGAUAUUUGGAUACCUAAUUUUGAUGAGUUCUAUAUUAUUGAUUGGCAACUUCAAGAACUCAAUGAUCGUUUUAAUGAGGAGAAAACGGAUUUACUUAUUAAAGUUGCUUGCUUGAAUCCAGUUGACUCAUUUUCUAGUUUUGACAUCAAUAAAAUACUAAGAAUGGUUGAAUUAUAUCCUGAUGAUUUUGGUGAAGAUAUAAUGGUUACUCUUAAAAAUCAGCUAGAGACCUAUAUUGUUGAUGUCCGUGAUGUUGAUGAAAGGUUCUCCAACCUGAAAGGACUUGGUGAUCUUUCUAAAGAGCUAGUUAAGGCAAAGAAACAUUUAAAUUAUCCCCUUGUGUUUCGUCUUGUAAAAUUUGCAUUGCUCCGACCGGUCGCCACCGCUACAGUUGAAAGAGUUUUUUUGGCGAUGAAGUUGAUAAAAACUGAAUUGCGAAAUCGAAUGGAUGACGACUUCAUGAGCGGUUGUAUGGUGCCUUAUGUAGAAAAAUAUAUAUUUAAGACCGUUUCUGAUGAGAGUAUUAUGAACAAGUUUCAAAAAAUGAAAACUCAUAGAAUACAAUUGGACAAUGGAGGCAUCCUAUUUGAUGGACAAACAAGCAAGGAAGAUUCUGUUGCUCAUAAGCUUUACUGGAAUGAUAUAUUGAACCCGCUUGGUGAAAAUCCUGAGUCCGCCACUGAUGGGUUGAAAGGGAUUAGCAUGGGGGGAAGAUGGGAUGAGGACGUGAGGUGA